GCUUUUGUGCAGUUCAAGUGCUGAAGACAGUUGCGAAGCCUAGUAAACUUCUUUACACAUGCCCGGAUCCUAAGAGGUUAGAGGCAUCCCUCUUGACGACGAUGGAGCGUUGGUGUGGAAUUUUGAAGGUUCCAUUGCAUCCCCAGAGCCACAAGUUUUAUCGAGUUGCUGCAUCACUCUGUCUUUCCCCGACUUCCAAAACAUUGACUAUGCCUCAUGCGAAUGCCAUCCUUUUUAAUGGGGAUCGGGUCGAAGGGACGGGCAAUCCAGUGAUUGAGAGAUUGUCUGAUCUGCAGAACAUAGCCGAUAUUUUAGUUUCGAAAUUUGGAGACUCCACUAAUGCAUGGGUUAUUGAGGCUUCUGAUUUCAAUGGGCCUUUUGCUAUAUAUCAUGAUUUUAUGCAUUCUCUCAAUCGAUGGGGAGAGCCAAAAUCAUAUACUGCAAAUGGGUUUCCUGCUUCAGUGUCAACCCUCUCACUUUUGGGAAGUUGCUACAGUGAGGUAAAGAAGAUAAUUUCAAGGAGAAACCAAGGAUCUCCGGAAGCCACCAUAUCCACACUAGGAUGCAGCACGCCCAAAACAAUCAUUCUUGGAUUUAGCAAGGGUGGUACUGUCGUUAACCAGUUAGUUGCUGAACUUGGCUCGAAGGACUUGAUAGCUGCUGAUGAGAAUCCACCUCAUUCUAAGCAAGCACCGGGUGUUGAAUGUUCAAAACUCGACGAGGUUCAGUUCAUACCCAAUACAGAACAAAGCUUUUUGAAAAGCAUAACAGAGAUUCAUUAUGUGGAUGUUGGGUUGAACUCUCAUGGCGCAUACUUCACAGACCCUGAGGUAAUCAAAAGAAUCUCCAAUAGCCUUGUCCAGGAGUCGAGAGGAAUCCGUUUCAUUCUUCAUGGUACUCCUAGACAAUGGUGUGACAGCAGAAGAGUUUGGAUACGAGAUGAGAAGGAAAAAAUGUCGAGUCUUCUUGAAUCCGAAGCUCGGAGAAGUGGAGGAAGGUUGCAGGUUUGUGAGAGAUUUCAUUUUGCUGAUAGGCCCGCGGACAUGCAGAUGCAUUUUGAAAUAAUUGAAAAGUUGGAUGUUUGCUGAUGGCUCUGUUGUCAGGUCGCUGGAAAAUCAAGAGUUCUGAACAUAUCCUAUGUAGUUCGUUGUACAAAAUGAUAAUGUUUCUAAGUUGAA